UGACGAAUGAAAACCAUGAAACGACAACACAGAUGGCCCGCACAGUAAAUUUUUUAUUAAUUUUCGGAGUCGAUGGAUUUCAGCUUCGCGAGUUGCGAGUGUUUGCCAACACAAAAGCUUCAAAUUCCUCCAUCUCCUGCAGUGCUCUGGAUCUGAGCACCCACAAGAGAGAACUAAAGUCUCCAACUUUUUACUGUAGCCGUUGAAGUGAAUUAUCACACCUCCCGUACUUUGGAUUCUGUAGAGUUUAUGGGUUUUCUCUGUUGCAAGCAAUAUAUAUGAACGAACGGAAGCCUUCGGGAAAUUUUGGAUUUCAUUGGAUAUGAUCGAUUUUUACACGAAGCAAAGAAAAGGGUAGUCAUUUUUUUAAUUGGGUUUUUACUGGUGUGAUCAAGGAGUUGGUUAGAUCUUGGCACUGGGUUGGUGAAAUCGAAAUUCGAAAUGGAUUUGCAUUUGAAGAACUUGUUUGAUAGAUUCCAGGAGCAAUUUGGGUCCGGUCCGGGCCUUGGUCCCGGAUCAGGGACAUGUCUUAUGAAGGUAGAAGGCAUUGCUCCAAAUUUUAUUAAGUCCUUAUUUAAAGCUUCAGCAGCUUUGUAUAGGACUGAUCCCUGGAAAAGAUUGUGUCCCGGGCAUAUUUUUGGUGUCCGGGUUGGGAAAGAUGCAGAUUGGUCUGGCAAGAAACAGCCUUUUCCUUGUGUUCAAUUCGUUGGAGGGGAUGGCGGCGAUAUAGGGUUUCACAUGUUUCGAUCUCAAAGUGAUGCCAAGAAGAUGACAGGCUCGAGGGAGACAGUUCAGGUGCCCAAUGUUGAGCUUUUACGGGUCACAUAUGAACGCGAGGCAUUGAUGUUUCCCUCGAAUAGGAAAAUGAUCAAAUCUUUGUCGCUGGAAGUGUCAGGGAGUGAUCGCUUCCCUGUCAUUGAUGUUGCCAGAUGCACGUCAUCGGGGAGUCUUAGGUUUAGGCAUCCGAGUUCUGAAGAGCUUAGGUUUGUGUAUGCAUUCGUGAAAGCCAUAGCUCUGGUGCACCCAUUGCUGCAGGAAGACAAAGAAGGCUGUCCAAAGUGGUCGAGGUUAAUGUACUUUGAACCAUUUAUUGAGACCGUUGAUGUUCAAUGGCCACAAGAAAUGGCCAAGGGUUAUGAUCUUGUUGCAGUUACUAUCUCACACCCACCUGGCCAGGCAUACGAAGAAAAGGCUAGUUCAACGGCUAGCUCUACCCCAACGAAAUAUGCAGAACUAUCAAAAGAGGAGACUUUUGUUGAAGUAAGAGUCUACCCAAAUGGCAGCUUGAAGCAGUGUGCAGCAUGUGAGAAAGAAGUCCACAAUGAACAGGCUCUCUCUUGUGGACAAUGUAAGGCAGUGGUUUACUGCAGUUCUGUCUGCCAGAAACAGCAUACGAAAGAAACGCAUAAGAGCAUAUGCGGUCUUUACAAGGCUAUGAUGGAAAGGGAAGAAGAGCUUGCGAUGAACAUUUUUGUAUUUGCAUGUGAUGCUGACCAACCUUGUAAAUGGCUCGAAUCACUGGGCAUCCAUCAGAAAGGCAUGUGGAGGAGAAAGUGCAGUUGCUAUUCUCACUGCCCUUUCGGUCUUCUUCCUGUUAAAGGUGGACUCUGGGAUUCUUGGGGAGGGCUAGACGAUGAAGAGUUUCCACGCGACUCAUCUUUUCAACAUCAUGUAAGAGAUGGUAUGUCGAGUCCAAUCCUCCUCUCUGGUUGGUCAGAAUACUACAACCUUCGGUCACUGCCAUUGUCAAGCCCGGUUGCUGAGAUCCUCUCCCACCCAUUGACGGUUUACUACGUAUUGACAACUCUCAACAUCAGUUCAAAGAACUUACUGCAGAAGGGCAAGGAGGUGAUUGUUCACUACCUAGGGCCAGAGGGAGAGUUGGAUUGGAUGCCGACAUUUGCAGAGGUUGGUCAUUUGCUCAAUGGAUUGGGGAACGUGCAAAUCGUUAUGGUAGGUUCUGAAGUUCCAACAAAGUUGUCGGGGACAACUUCAGGGAUCGGUAGCAGAGUGAGGGUGAAUCUUGUCAGGGGUGUUUACCAGGAGGAAGCCUCCUACCUCCCUCCUCCCCAUGUCAUUGUUGCACUGAACUGUGGAUUGGAUAGCUAUGCAAAUUGGGGUGGAGCUCUUAAUUCAAUCAAGUCCAUGGGCGUCCCAGCAUUCUUCACCGAUCAAUCUGAACUCUCGUGCGCAAACGGGAAACAGGUUCUACGAAGUGCUGGACUGCAUAUCACACAUCCUGUGACGCCAAAUCCUUUCCGCUCGCCGGUGAAACAUCACGUGCCUUCCAGCAAUCUUCCUUCUUACAGCAAUGGUUUUGUGUUCGGAGUAAAUACAUGAGUUGGUAACCAUGAAAUUUCAAGAUUCAAUCUGAAUUCUCCUGUCAUGAAUAGUUGUAUUUUUGGCAUUACAUUUUUUGUCCACUUGAAUUGUAAUCGCAACCUUAUUGCAUAUCUCGACUCGGUAUUACAAAUCCACUCGUGUGAUAAACGUGUAUCUAUUCAUUACGAUUUAUCCAAAGUUUUUAACAUAUUAGUAACAUUGUUUA